GAACGUCCCGUCUCUCACUCUCCUCUCACUCUCUCUCUCUCUCUCUCCAAGUCGGCGCAGAUCUGAACCGUUCCCACCAGAUCUGAGAUCCGAAUCCUAGCCUCCACCAUCCGCCAUCGAUGGAGGAGGCGCUGGAGAUGGCACGUGCCAAAGACACGAAGGAGCGGAUGGCCGGGGUGGAGCGCCUUCACCAGCUUCUAGAAGCUUCCAGGAAGAGCCUCUCCCCUGCCGACGUUACCUCCCUGGUCGACUGCUGCAUGGAUCUUCUCAAGGACAACAGCAACUUCAGGGUCUCUCAGGGCGCUCUCCAAGCCCUAGCUUCUGCUGCCGUGCUCUCGGGCGAACAUUUCAAGCUCCACUUCAAUGCCCUCGUCCCAUCCGUCGUCGAGCGGCUCGGAGAUGGCAAGCAGCCCGUCCGUGACGCUGCCCGUCGCCUCCUCCUUACGCUCAUGGAGGUUUCUUCGCCAACGAUAAUUGUUGAAAGAGCUGGAAGUUACGCAUGGACACACAAGAGUUGGAGGGUGCGUGAGGAGUUUGCACGUACUGUCACGUCUGCAAUUGGUCUUUUUGCAUCUACUGAGCUUCCUCUUCAGCGGGUUCUACUUCCUCCUGUUUUGCAGUUGUUAAACGACUCUCAUCAAGGCGUUAGGGAAGCAGCUACUUUGUGCAUUGAGGAAAUGUAUACACAGGUUGGACCACAAUUCCGUGAUGAAUUGCAACGCCAUCAUCUUCCUACCUCUAUGGUGAAAGAAAUAAAUGCAAGGCUGGAGAAUAUUGAACCAAAGAUCCGCUCUUCAGAUGGACGAACCGGUCAUUUUGUCCCAAUGGAAAUGAAGUCCACUAGUCUCCCUGCACAUCACCAGAAAAGAAACAGCCCAAAGGCCAAGAAUACUGCACGCGAGUCAUCUCUCUUGGGAGAUAUAGGAGAAAGUGAUGUUACAGAAAAACCCGUUGACCCUGUUAAAGUGUACUCUGAGAAGGAAUUGAUCAGGGAAAUUGAGAAGGUUGCAGCUACUCUUGUCCCAGAAAAGGAUUGGUCAAUAAGGAUAACUGCUAUGCAGAGAGUUGAAGGCCUUGUUUUUGGUGGUGCUACUAAUUAUCCAUCUUUUCCCACACUCCUGAAGCAACUUGUUCCCCCCUUGAGCACUCAGCUUUCUGAUCGACGGUCUAGCAUAGUAAAACAGGCUUGCCAUCUGCUAAGUUUACUAUCAAAGGAACUUUUGGGAGAUUUUGAAGCAUGCGCUGAGAUGUUCAUUCCGGUGCUUUUCAAGCUGGUUGUGAUAACAGUGCUUGUAAUUGCAGAGUCUUCUGACAACUGCAUAAAGACGAUGUUACGGAACUGCAAAGUUUCCCGAAUUCUUCCCCGAAUAGCUGAUUGUGCAAAGAAUGACCGAAAUGCAGUGCUACGUGCUAGGUGUUGUGAAUAUGCACUUCUGAUCCUAGAGUACUGGGCUGAUGCACCUGAAAUUCAGCGAUCAGCCGAUCUUUAUGAAGAUCUGAUAAAAUGUUGUGUUGCAGAUGCAAUGAGCGAGGUUCGAUCAACUGCAAGAACUUGCUACCGGAUGUUCACAAAAACUUGGCCAGAACGUUCCCGGCGCCUUUUUUCAUCCUUUGAUCCUGUCAUACAAAGGCUAAUAAAUGAUGAAGAUGGGGGAGUGCACAGAAGAUAUGCUUCUCCUUCACUCCGUGAGAGAGGUGUGCAGUUGCCUCGUACUCAAUCUCAAACAAUGGCUUCAGAUUUACCUGGAUAUGGUACUUCUGCUAUAGUAGCAAUGGAUAGGAGUGCAGGUUUUGCUUCGGGAACAUCACUUUCUUCUGGAAGUAUGCUACUUUCACAAACAAAGCCUAUUGGAAAAGGUACAGAAAGAAGCCUUGAAAGUGUGCUGCAUGCAAGCAAACAGAAGGUUACAGCAAUUGAGAGCAUGCUGAGAGGUCUAGAUAUAUCUGAGAAGUUCAAUCCUUCAGUUACACGCUCCACUAGUUUGGAUCUAGGAGUGGACCCUCCAUCAUCCCGUGAUCCACCAUUUCCUCUAGCUGUUCCUGCUACAGACCAUCUCAAAGUACAGAAUUCGGUGUUGGGUGAUUCUACUGUAGCCAAAAUUGCUAGAGUUAGUAUCCGUAGUGGUGGCCCGGUUUUCUCUGAUCUCAUCACUGCACAAGUUCAAGCUUCCAAAGAUCCUGAUAAAGUAUCUUAUCUCAGUAAUUUGACAACUGAGUCUUCGUCAGCACUAUCAUUGUCAUACACGGGUAAGAGGUCUUCUGUAAGGCUACAAGAAGGAUGUUCUGUUGAAGAGAACACUGAUAUGAGGCCAAUCAGGAGGUUUCCAAACAUGCACAUUGAUAAGCAGUAUCUGGAUACACCGUAUAAAGAUGUGAGUUUUAGGGAAGCGCAUGGCAGUUAUAUUCCUAAUUUCCAGAGACCACUUUCGAGAAAGAACACAACUGGGAGGACUUCUGCAAGCAAAAGACACAGUUUCGAUGAUAGUCAAUUAUCAAUUGGUGAUAUAUCUAGCUAUACGGAUGGUCCAGCUUCUCUCAGCGAGGCUCUAACUGAGGGGCUGAGUGCCAGUUCUGAUUGGUGUGCUAGGGUUUCUGCUUUUAACUAUCUCAGAACUUUGCUGCAGCAAGGUCCAAAAGGUAUUCAAGAAGUUACACAGAGUUUUGAAAAGGUAAUGAAGCUGUUUUUUCAGCACUUGGACGAUCCUCAUCAUAAAGUUGCACAAGCAGCUCUUACAACACUUGCAGAGAUUAUUCCAACGUGCAGAAAGCCUUUUGAAAGUUAUCUAGAAAGGAUCUUGCCCCACGUUUUUUCACGGUUGAUAGAUCCAAAGGAAUUGGUUAGGCAAGCUUGUUCAACAACCCUAGAAAUUGUCAGUAAGACUUACGGCAUCGAUUCUCUUCUUCCUGCUUUCUUGCGUUCAUUGGAUGAGCAACGGUCACCGAAGGCAAAAUUGGCUGUCAUUGAGUUUGCCAUUAAUUCCUUCAACAAGCAUGCUCUGAAUUCCGAAGGUCCUGGUAAUAGUGGCUUGCUGAAGUUAUGGUUUGCUAAGUUGGCACCUUUGGCCCAUGAAAAAAAUAUAAAACUGAAGGAAGCAGCUAUUACCUGCAUCAUAUCAGUUUAUUCCCACUACGAUUCAGCCUCAGUCCUGAAUUUUAUUCUCAGUCUAUCAGUUGAAGAGCAAAAUUCAUUAAGGCGCGCACUUAAGCAGUAUACCCCUCGUAUAGAGGUGGACCUCAUGAACUAUUUGCAGAACAAGAAGGAACGGCAACAACGCUCUAAAUUCUUUUACGACCAAUCAGAUCUGGUUGGCAGUUCUUCUGAGGAAGGAUAUGUUGGAACAUCAAAGAAAAAUCACCUCCUCGGAAGGUAUUCUGCUGGUUCCAUUGAUAGUGAUGGCGGCAGGAAGAUGAGCUCCAUGCAAGAAUCAAUGCAGAUCAGUGGCUCUAUUGGUCAGGCUAUUUCUGACGAAUCAAUGGAACACUUCUAUCAAAACUUCGAGGGUGGCUCUAACAAUGAGUUUCUUUUUAGUUCCAGAAACAAGGAUCUUAAUCUCAAUGUUAAUACUACAGCAGAUAACGGGGGCUCUUUGACUAACCGUAAUGAAGAUGUGGGUCGCAGCAUAGAUUUUGAAAGUUCCUCGGUGACUCCACAUCUGGAUUUGGAUGGACUGAUGAACUCUGAUAGUCAAGGAGCCAAUAGAUUGAGGCUUGGCAGCGAAGGCUUUCCUAAUGUGGAGCUUAAUCAGGAUAAGCCAGCUAUUACAAACAAGUCCAUUCCAGAUUCUUCUCCUAGCAUUCCUCAACUUCUUCACAGGAUUUGCAAUGGCAACGAUGAGAGUUCAAUUAUAAGUAAAUGCGGCGCCCUUCAACAAUUAGUUGAAGCUUCCAUGGCUAAUGAUCACUCCGUGUGGACCAAGUACUUCAACCAAAUUCUAACUGCCGUACUUGAGGUCUUGGAUGAUGCUGAUUCUUCUGUCAGGGAACUUGCUCUUUCCUUGAUACUCGAAAUGCUUAACAAUCAGAAAGACACGAUGGAGGAUUCUGUUGAAAUUGUUAUUGAAAAAUUGCUUAAUGCUACCAAGGAUGCUGUGGCCAAGGUUUCAAAUGAAGCUGACCACUGUUUGACUGUCAUAUUAUCUCAGUACGACCCACAUAGAUGCCUUACGGUUGUUGUACCUUUAUUGGUUAGUGAAGAUGAAAAAACCCUUGUUACUAGCAUCAACUGUUUGACAAAGCUUGUGGGGCGGCUUUCACAGGAGGAAUUAAUGGCUCAGUUGCCUUCAUUUCUGCCUGCUCUUUUUGAUGCCUUCGGGAACCAGAGUGCUGAUGUCCGCAAGACAGUUGUAUUCUGUUUGGUGGAUAUCUAUAUCAUGCUCGGCAAAGCAUUUUUGCCACAUCUAGAGGGACUUAACAGCACACAGUUGCGGCUUGUGACCAUCUAUGCCAACCGGAUAUCACAGGCAAGAUCAGGUGCUGCAAUAAAUGCUAACCAUGGCUAGGUGGCUUGCUCGGGUGAUAUUUGUAGUGCUUUGGUUGGUUGUUCAUUAUUUUGUGUAUUUGUAUAUUGUGUGAAAUGCCCCUUUUGCCGGGGCAGGGUUUGGGUUGUUGAGUGGUUUUGUUUUGGUGUGAGAGAGUUUAGGGUGGGAGUAAAAAGGAAGAAGAGAUUGUGAAAAUUGAAAUGGUGUUUCCAUACUACAUUUAGUCAGAGAAGGGGAAAGGUUCUCUCUUUAGUUUUGAAAUAAAUCCAUUGAUGUUGAUGCACUUGGAACAUUUUGUGUUUUGUGGGAUUUUGGAUGGAUGUUCGGGUUUCAGAAGCGGGGUUUGAUUUUGUGUGAAGAAAUCUGAUACUGUGGCCAUAGAUAUUCUUUCGAAGGUUUGUAUUUAAAAUGCUCAUCAGUACAGGUAAAACACUAUCAACUUUGCAGACCA